AUGUCGCAAUAUCGGAUAAAUGUUUGGCCUCUGUUUGCCACAAUGUUUCUUUUAUACCCUAUUGAUGGCUUUCAAACGAAAUCGCAAGGAUUGAAGAAUCAUCAACAAUCACUUAUUCAUGAUCAUCUUCCUUACUCCGUCUAUCCAACCCUUCCAUCCACUUCUUCCACAACUGCUUGUUUUGCCGAGUCGUCCAAGAAAGAAGGAGCAAGCAUCCGAUUCAGUGGUAGUGAUGCUACCCUUACGAAUCCAUUGGAUGCCUUCUUGUCCUUUGUGGCCUCGGAUGUAACUUCCAUUGCCUUGGGUCUGAUUGGACUGUUCUUUGUGGUUGGAAACCGACUCGCUGGUUUAGAUCUCGACACUGCUGAAAAUUUGACGGUGCAAACCAGAACCGAUUUACUCGCUACUUUUGCGUGUGGUUCCGUCUUGUUGAACGGAAUUACAAAGCUGGAUGUGACCUCAGCCUUGGCCGAGGCAGUUGUUUUGGAGGGACAAGCCUUGCCUGAGGCAGAACUGUUGGACACGGAUAGUGCAAAGCUUGGUGGUGAGAAGCAAACCACGAUGCUUUGGGCCCUAGAUUCUCUCCUGGUGGCAACUCCCGCUAAAACUGCCAUUAUCUUGGAAAAGCAGCAAUCUUCUGACGGUGAUUGGAGAAUGGUAGCACGAGCUGGAAUUGUGUCGUCCACAACCGACAUUCCUGAAAGCACACCCAUUCUCAAGCGCGUCGCCACACCCGGAAAUACCAAAGAGACCUAUCUCCCAACCCUGCAAGCCCUUCCAGGUAAGACGGAAUUUCCCUACUUGCCAUCCAACUCGCAAUUGUGCCUAUUGAUUCCUUUUGACGACAACAACCAAAGGGUACUCGUGUUGGGCGGAAACAUGGCCAAAAGCUUUUCACCCCGAGAUGUGGCAUGGGCUCGGAUCAUUGCAGAACGAAUGGGGAAUUCAGAAUAA